AAAUCCCCUUUAGCCGUCGAAGACAAGGACCUUUCGAGCAACGCCAUGGGCAACUUCCUGAGCAGCCCCAUUACGGAGAAGGAGACGCAUGUGGGCAUGGGCAACGGCCUCGCCUUCGCGGUGAGCUGCAUGCAGGGCUGGCGAGCGACCAUGGAAGAUGCACACAUUGCGCGCACGACGAUCCCGGCCUUUCCCAACUGCUCGAUCUUUGCCGUCUUUGACGGCCACGGCGGCAAGCUCAUCGCGGAUCACAGCGCCAUGUCGCUGGCGGAUGUGCUCGAGAAGCAGAAUAUCAACGGCAAGGAAGCCGACCCGGCGGACAUUGGCAAGGCGCUCGACCGCACCUUUCUCCAGCUCGACGCCGACCACCGGCAGUUGAAGCAGAUUGCGAGCGGCGAGGACCAUAGUGGCUGCACGGCCAUCGCAGCGUUCGUCACGCACACGCACAUCAUUGUGGCCAACUCGGGCGACUCGCGCAGUGUGCUCGCGACCGAUGGGUCGGUUGUGCCCAUGUCGUACGACCACAAGCCCAACAACGAGACGGAAAGGCGGCGCAUUGAGAACGCGGGCGGCUCCGUCCGCAACAACCGCGUGAACGGCGACCUUGCUGUGUCGCGUGCCCUUGGCGACUUUGUGUACAAGCAACGCAGCGACCUGAAGGCCGAAGAGCAGCAAGUAUCUGCCGAGCCGGACAUCAAGAUUGAGGUGCGCAACAAGGAGAACGAGUUCCUCAUCUUGGCCUGCGACGGCAUCUGGGACGUUAUGACGAACGAAGAAGCGUGCGACUUUGUUCGCAGCUUGAUGCUCAAGGGCGAGAACAACAUGGGACUUAUCUGCGAAGAGAUGCUGGACCACUGUCUCCAGCUUGGAAGCCGUGACAAUAUGAGUGUCAUCGUCGUCAAGUUUAGCGGGGCCAAGAUUGGCUCUGGCGACGGCGUCAUGGGGCUCCGAAAGGCGCGCGAAGAGGCGGCCGCGGAAGCCAAGAAGCAAGAGCAGUCGGAGCACAAUUACUCGGCUGCGACGUCGCAAUGAUGCUUGUCCGAUGUGCCCACGCUCGCUGAUUUGCCCGUCGAGGCCGGUGCAGGCCACGCUCAAAGACUCCCCGCGCUUUCCGCCACCCACAGCGUCUGCACUAACCACGACAAUGCAUUCAAUUGUAUGCACCACA